GAAGAAGGCAGGGAUCCUCAGAGCCUUGAAUACCAACCAGAUCUAGGUGAAUCCAGGAGCAUCAAGGAAAACUAACAAAGAUUCUCAGAUCUUUGCAGUGAAGCCUCCUGCAGUACCUCUGGCCCUGGAGGAAGAAGAAGAUGGCUUCAAACAUCACGUAUCUGCUCCUACUGCUGAGCUGUGCAGCCAGCACUGAGGUCCUGAGUGCCACCCUAAUGAGACCUAGCUGUGCUACUGGAUGGUUUUACUACAAGUCCUAUUGCUAUGGAUACUUCCGGAAGCUGAGGAACUGGUCUGAUGCUGAGCUCGAGUGUCAGUCAUAUGGGAAUGGAACUCACCUGGCAUCCAUCCAGAAUGCAAAGGAAGCCAACACCAUAGCAAAGUACAUAGUUGGCUAUCAAAGGAUCCAGCCCGUCUGGAUUGGCCUGCAUGACCCGCAGAAGAGGCAGAAGUGGCAGUGGAUUGAUGGGGCCUUGUAUAUUUACCAGACCUGGUCUGGCAAGUCCGUGGGUAAGAACAAGUACUGCGUGGAGAUAAAUGCCAAGAACAAUUUUUUAACUUGGAACAGCAAAGACUGCAAUAAGCGCCAACACUUCCUGUGCAAGUACCGACCUUAGAGCAAGAAUCAAGACCCUGUCAACCCUUUGAAGCCCCUUUUCUCUUCCUUUUCUUCCAUGCUGGCAACAUCUGCUCAUUGUCUCAGAGAGUAAACCAAGCAACAAAGGCUGAUGAGAACAUUUUGCACUGAUUUUUUUUUUUUUAACCUUUUGGCCAGGGAUCAAACCUGCACCACAGCUGUAACCAGAGCCACAGCAGUCACAACACCAGACCCUUAACCCGCUGAGCCAUUGCACUGACUUUUUUAAGCUCAGAGGCAGGAAUCUCAAUAUUGGUGUGACAGUGUCUUCCAGCUCCAAAUGUUCACUCUGC